AUGGGGACAGCGGAGGAGGAAUGUAUUUCCGGCACCAACGCCAGUGGUAUCUUCGGGCAAUACAUUGGAUUUACCGAUGUGGCUCAGUAUUUGGAAUGGAUCUACGAGACUGCACCAAUCAACGCCAAUGACGAUCCGAUAUUGGGACAUCCGAAUAUACGAUUGAUCAAUCAAGGAAAGUGUGGGGAAAAUGAGUACACUUCUGAGUUCCCCGAAGAAAGCAAGGCCAUUAUCCGACAAUAUUUGUGGAUGGCAGCCUUGCGGCAUCCGUUUCAAAACCAUGAACACCUGAUGAAAUCUCGGUCACAUUGGGUGAUUACAACACGGGUGAAGUUCAAGAUUGUGCUUCACCGAAUCGACAACCAAGGCUACUGUUUGCCUCCUGUACAGACGACAUCCAUUGCUGAAUUCUUCCGGAAAGACCGGCUUAUUCUUGCGAGACUAUCCACCCCAGCCAUCAUCGGUAGGCGUGAUCAUAUCCAGGCUAUUUGCCUUCCCGUUACUCCGGAACAGCGAGAUCGCGUCCAUCCACAGUACGUCCUGACUGGUUGGAAGGAAUCAGGAACAGAUUCCAAGCUGCUACAACGCGCCGUAGUUGAUUUGAUACAACUAAACGAGUGCCGUCAGGAGAUGGCCAAUGUGUCUUAUGCCAGUGCGGAGGAAAAGAACGUAACCAAAUCGAUCAUUUGCGUUCGAAACGUGGCAAAUCCCACGAAAAGUCCUCAGUGUGAGGACUACCAACCGGGAACAGUGCUUCAGACCGUUGAAAAACAAUCCAAUCGAUAUUCUUGUACGGAGUUUCAAAUUGGAAUCUCGUACUGCACACAACCGGAAAGGUUUAUCGCCAUCGCGGAAUAUAUGGAGUGGAUUUUGGACAAUAUUAGACCAUGA